UGUCCCCGCCGUGCCCGCGCGCCGUGCGGCCGCCAUGUUGUUGUGGCUGUGAGAGCGGCGCAGGCAGCUCGGAGCCGCGGCGAGCCCGGCCCAGGCAGGAGGCCGCGCCCCGGGAGGGGGUGUGGGGGGCUCCGCGCCAUGCCCUGCCCCACGUCCUGUUCUUUUGAUGGUAUCUGAGCAGAUGUUGCCCUUUGCUGUUGCCAAUGUGAAGUGUCAGAAGAGUAGUGUUUGAAGCUUUGUGGGCCGAAGAAGACUCUUUUACUCUCUCUCAUUCUUUGGUUUUAACCGGGAGUCAGGAGGAGCCUCUGAGCACUGCGAGUAGAGACGAGGAUUCCUCCUCCCAGCCAGGGCCUGUCAUGGAUGAAGAGACUCAGCACAGCCUUGAAUGCAUCCAGGCUAAUCAGAUUUUUCCCAGGAAGCAGCUGAUCCGAGAGGAUGAGAACCUCCAGGUCCCCUUCAUCGAACUGCACGGCGAGAGCACAGAGUACGUCGGGCGGGCAGAGGAUGCCAUCAUUGCACUUUCUAAUUACAGACUGCACAUCAAAUUCAAGGAGUCUGUAGUGAAUGUUCCAUUGCAGCUCAUAGAAAGCGUGGAGUGCCGAGAUAUCUUCCAGCUGCAUUUGACUUGCAAAGACUGCAAGGUUAUAAGGUGUCAGUUCUCCACGUUCGAGCAGUGCCAGGACUGGCUGAAGCGGCUGAACAAUGCCAUCCGCCCGCCCGCCAAGAUAGAAGACCUCUUCUCCUUCGCCUACCACGCCUGGUGCAUGGAGGUGUAUGCCAGCGAGAAGGAGCAGCACGGGGACUUGUGUCGGCCAGGAGAACAUGUAACCUCCAGGUUUAAGAACGAGGUGGAGCGGAUGGGCUUCGAUAUGAAUAAUGCUUGGAGGAUCUCCAACAUCAAUGAGAAGUACAAGCUCUGUGGCAGUUACCCCCAGGAGAUCAUAGUUCCUGCCUGGAUCACGGAUAAGGAGCUGGAGAGUGUGGCAAGCUUCCGCUCCUGGAAGCGUAUCCCUGCUGUGGUCUACAGGCAUCAGAGCAAUGGAGCAGUCAUUUCCCGCUGCGGACAGCCCGAGGUCAGUUGGUGGGGCUGGAGGAAUGCAGAUGAUGAACAUCUUGUCCAGUCUGUAGCCAAAGCCUGUGCCUCAGAUUCGAGGUCCAAUAGCAGCAAGUUAAUGAAUGGAAACUGUUCCAGGGAUUUCUCCAACGGAGGAGACCUCUCUGAUGUGGAAUUUGAUUCCUCCAUCUCCAACGCUUCAGGAGCAGAGAGUUUGGCAAUUCAGCCUCAGAAGCUUUUGAUCUUGGAUGCAAGAUCUUACGCAGCAGCUGUGGCCAACAGAGCCAAAGGUGGAGGCUGUGAGUGCCCAGAGUAUUACCCCAACUGUGAGGUGGUGUUCAUGGGGAUGGCAAACAUCCAUUCCAUCCGGAAGAGCUUCCAGUCCCUGCGCCUGCUCUGCACUCAGAUGCCAGACCCAGGAAACUGGUUAUCAGCUCUGGAAAGCACCAAGUGGCUGCAGCACUUGUCUGUGCUUCUGAAGUCUGCUCUCCUCGUGGUUCAUGCUGUGGACCGAGACCAGCGCCCAGUCUUGGUGCACUGCUCGGACGGCUGGGACCGGACACCCCAGAUAGUGGCACUGGCCAAGCUGCUGCUCGACCCCUACUACAGGACCACAGAGGGUUUCCAGGUGCUAGUGGAGACGGAGUGGCUGGAUUUUGGCCACAAGUUUGCAGAUCGCUGUGGCCAUGGUGAGAACUCGGAUGACCUAAAUGAGCGCUGCCCAGUGUUUUUACAGUGGCUGGACUGCGUCCAUCAGCUCCAGAGGCAGUUCCCUUGCUCUUUCGAGUUUAACGAAGCAUUCCUUGUGAAGUUGGUGCAGCACACCUACUCCUGCCUCUUUGGUACAUUCCUGUGCAACAAUGCGAAAGAGAGAGGAGAGAAACACACUCAGGAACGGACCUGCUCUGUCUGGUCUUUGCUGCGGGCAGCAAACAAAGCCUUCAAAAACCUGCUCUACUCCUCCCAGUCGGAAUCUGUGCUGUACCCUGUGUGCCAUGUGCGGAACCUCAUGCUCUGGAGUGCUGUCUACCUGCCCUGCUCCUCCCCCUCCACCCCCGCCGACGACACAUGUGCCCCCUACCCUGUGCCAGGCUCUAGCCCUGAAGAUCAGCCUCUGGGCAGGUUACCAAAGACGAGGUCGUUUGACAAUCUGACAACUGCCUGUGACAGCAGCGUGCCUACCGCCAACCGCCGCAGCAGCGACCCCAGCCUCAACGAGAAGUGGCAGGAGCACCGCCGGUCCCUGGAGCUCAGCAGCCUGGGCACUGCUGGGGAUGACCCCUUCGAGGGGGACAGUCUGGGCAAGCAGGGCAGGGCUCCCCUGGGGGCAGAGCUCUCUGUGGCUGCCGGCGUGGCAGAGGGGCAGAUGGAGAACAUUUUGCAAGAGGCCACUAAAGAUGACGUUGCUCUAGAGGAGCACUUAAGGGGCGGUCUGGAGACAGUAGGUAAAGGGGAUGAGGUUGCCCUGGAGAAGGAGAAGAGAGCUGAAAACCUCCACGGGUACCUCAGUGACCUCUGUGAAAAGGCUGAGGUGAAUAAAGGUGCCCUGCUGAACAAUCCAGCAGCCAAUCCACACCCGCUUUCACAAGGUGCUUCUGAGCUGAAAGGACAAGGGGACGAGGACACCGACCUCAGCAACGCUGUCCAGAAGUUACCUCAGGUGAAAGGGCUGCAGCCUGCUCCCGUGGAGAGCUUUGUACAUAGAGAUGCUGAGAUGGAGGCGGGGGAGGAUGGCCUGGGCAAGCCCGGAGGAGAAGCAGAGAGCCUGGACAGCACGGGGCAGGUCAGCCUGCCCUCGCCUCUCACACUGCCCCACGAGGCAACAGCGUCCAACAUCGAGAGCUCCACGGAAACCUUAACAGAGAGUGAAGCAAAGCAGGAGCCCCUCCCCAGGGCUCCUUGCCACAGACCUCAGCCCACCACGGGCAGCGCCGAGGACCGCGCCUGGCCCGCGCUGAGCAGGCCGGAGUGGGAGAGCAUGGUGGAGCUCCAGAGACUGGGAACCAGAGCACACAGGACUUCUGGUAGCAGCACCACACACAUCCCAAUGCCUUCCCCUUGUGCCUUGCCUUUAGCUGAAUGUAAAGAGGAGAUUGUGUGCAACGGGGAGCUGGAGCCCGAGAACAGGGCGGUGGAGAAGCCCGCGGGGUUUGGUAGCUCCCAGAAGCACCACACCGCCAACGGGCACUGCCUGAACGGGGAGGAGAGCCGCCUCAAGGCCUCGCUCAGCCGCCAGCUCUCCGCGGCCAGCUGCAGCUCCGCGCACUUCCCACUGAGGAACCUGCACCAGAAGUGGGUGCUGGGCCAGCUGGGGAAGCAGCAGGCAGCCAGCAGCCCGGACCAGCCUGCCAGGAGCCACCUGGACGACGAUGGGAUGCCUGUCUACAGCGACGUCAUCCAGCAGCGGCUGCGCCAGAUCGAAAGCGGCCACCAGCAGGAGGUGGAGACCCUGAAGAAGCAGGUGCAGGAGCUGCGGAGCCGCCUGGAGAGCCAGCUCCUGAACAGCUCCCUGCGCCUCAACGGCGACUACGGCGACGAAGUGACUUCUAUACCCGACUCGGAAAGCAAUCUGGAUCAGAACUGUUUGUCUCGCUGCAGCACAGAGAUUUUCUCUGAAGCCAGCUGGGAGCAGGUGGAUAAACAGGACACAGAGGUAACUCGAUGGCUUCCAGACCACCUGGCUGCACACUGCUACGGCUGCGACAGCGCCUUCUGGCUUGCCAGCAGGAAGCACCACUGCAGGGACAGUGACCGUGUUGAUCAGAUCUGGAAUUGUGGCAACGUGUUCUGCUCCAGCUGCUGUAACCAGAAGGUGCCCGUUCCCAGCCAGCAGCUCUUUGAACCCAGCAGAGUCUGCAAAUCCUGCUACAGCAGCUUGCACCCCAGCGGCUCCAGCCUUGAUCUCGAACUGGACAAACCCAUCACUGCCACAUCUAACUAGAGCCCCGUGCUGGGAGCGGCGGGGGAGCAGCCGGGCCGGGCCGGGCCGGGGCCGAUUCUGGGAGGGCCGAGGCGGAGCGGGCGCGGCAGCCCCGCGGCGCUCUGGAGGAGGUCGGGGCGCGGAGCAGAGCUGGAGGAUGUGCUGCUGGCGGGUGGGAGGCUCCUUCCCCAGCUCUCCCCUUCCCUUUCUGUCCUCCCCGCGUGUCCGUGUCGGCGUGUGUGUGUACAUAAUAUAUCUGUGUUUGUUUGCCGGAGGCUCGGGGGCGUGGGCAGGGAGCUUGCACCAGGACCAGGCUUCCCCUCUGGACGGAACUGGUCCCACUGCUGAGCUGCUGCAGACGGAGGAAGGGAGGGGAGGAGAGGGGAGGAGAAGAGAGCCCGGCCCGGGGCAGAGCCUGAGUGCCUGUGGCGGCAGCGCUCCUGCGUUCAGUCACUCCUGUUCCUCCCAAACACCAACCUGCUGUUUGGGAACCUGUUGCUGCUAGAAGAGAUGGGAAUGUGCUGCCCAGCAGAGCCUCUGCCUCUCUGUCCCUGGAGUGGGCUUAGGCUCGGGCCAGGGCCCUGCUCAGCAGCUCAGCGCCUGCGGCUCGCAGCGGGGACGCCCGCAGGGGUGGCUCAUCGGCGGGGGCUGAAGGGCUGCUGAGCCCGGGGGGGGUCUGUGCUGGCAGCCCCUGCAGCCCUGCAGCCACCAUUCUCGAGCCAAACCGGAGCCGGGAGCCGAAGCUGCCAGCCUCUGUCCUGGCCCUGCCUGCUGGGAGGUUCAGGCCAUGCGAAGCUGCUUGUGGAGCAGGUCAGAGGUGCUGGGCCCUGCAGCCAGGCACUUUACUGAGACCAUCCACACCGACACAGCAACAGCUGGGACACGCUGGGCUGGGGCUGUGAGGAGUGUGCUGCCUGGGCCAUGCCCCUGGGACAUCUCCUCCUUGUUCAGCUUGUGCUUAGUGUACUCCAGCCUGGCAGAACCUGCCUGAGGAUUUGACAGAGACCCAAAGCACAUCACAGAUUCCCCUGCUGCCUUCAGUCCCCAUCAGAGUUGCUUCUAGAGCCACCUCACUGAAGUGUGAAUCUCCUGACUGCUUUGAAGGAGCCUUGGCUACUGCUGCUCCUCCUUUGGGGCUGUUCUCAAGAGCCCUGCUGGAGUGGCUUUGGGAAGUCCUGGAUACAAAAAGCUCCAAAUCCCAGAAGCCCUGGGAAGAGGACUGCUUCCCUUCCCAGAGUGGCAGGAUCACACCAUCCAGAGCAACUCUCAGAGGGAGAAGACCACCUCAGAAGAUGUGGCAGGGAAGGUCAGGGGAGCUGAGCUGUGCUGUGCUGCUGCAGCACACUGGAGAGUCACAAGACAAUGCAGAAUGAAUGUCCAGGAGGAUGGUUCAGCUGUGGCCACAUGGGAAGGGGUCUGGAGAAGGAGCAUCCCAGAACCUGCCCUGCUGUGUCUUCUGAAACCACCAGGAGGGAGGAGCAAAGAUCCCUCGGGGCCAGGUGUCUCAGCCGGCACAAGGAGCGUCUGGAGCAGAGCUGCUGGGGUGGGAGCAGCAGGAGGCCGAGGGGCAGCCGGCAGGGCUGGGGGGCAGCAGGUGGCUGCGGGGCAGGCAGGCAGAAGCCAGGCUGAGGCUGGGCAGUCCCUGAGGACAGGUGCCAAGAGGUGAUACGGGUCGGGGGGGCUGUGCUGUACAGUGUGAAUAAAUGCUUGCAGCUCUUAGGUCUGUUUUGGGAUGGAUGAAGCACUUUUGUAUUAAUAUUAUUUCCUUUGUAUGUAAAGGAGGAAGCAGAGUCUCUCCAGAGCUGUACAUAGAACCCUUCUCUCCUCCAGAGAGUCAAAGUGCUCCUAUAUUUUUCAUUUCUUUGGGGGGGGGGAGUUGGUUUUGUUGGGUUGUUUUUUUUUUGGUCAAAGCAAGAAGUAAAUACUUUAGAAUUGUUAAAUAUAUAAAUAAAAGUGAAUAAAGUUUA